CAAUCUGGCUGUCACCCAUAUAUCCAAGUCCUAUGGUCGAUUUCGGAUAUGAUAUAUCCAAUUUUACGGGUAUCGAUCCAGUUUUUGGCACAAUGGAAGAUUUCAAGGAUCUCUUGGUGAAAGCUAAGAAACUCGGUUUAAAAGUGGUUCUCGAUCUCGUACCUAAUCAUUCAUCUGACAAGCACCCAUGGUUCCAAAAGGGUCUUCAAGGCAAUGAGAAAUAUAAGAAUUAUUAUAUGUGGGCAGAUGGUAAAGAUAAAGACGAUAAAACGCCGCCUAAUAAUUGGAUC